AGGCUGAUAUUGUUAAAAAUGCUUGUGAAAGAAUAACAUACAUUUUAAAAACAAAAUUGCAAGACCGGAUGCAUUUUUUUUAUACUAAAAAGAGCCGAGUUUGGUUCAGGAGCAGGGUAAGAUCCAUAUACUGCAUAUGGUAGGAGCAGGGAAACACAUUGAGCUGUAGAUGGCAGCAAUGCGCCUGGUUUAACCUGCUGGUUUCCUUUUUUUUCCAGAAGAAGGAUCGAAACGUCAUUUCCUUAUUCAGGAUGAAGAACCAGAGACACUUUUGAGGAGAUGGGAAAUUCUAUUGACAUCAAUUGCCCGCACGGUGCAUUUUGGGCGAUAUCACUCCUUCACGGAGUAAAUGAGACUUAAUUGGACGCUGUUUCGAAAAAGCAUGAAAUAGCAUGAAUUGCGUGAGCAAAAUUACACAUAUUUUUCGAGAUAUUAGAUAUUUAACUUGUUCUCUAUAAUAUCGUGUAGCUUUGAAAUUACGUUAUUUUGAGGAAAAUAGCCAAGUUUCUCGACUCAAACUCUUGACUUUUUAGAAGGGAUUGCUUGACGAAUAGCGUAGCAACUGCGUGACGCAGUAGAACAACCUGAACACGAUUGGUCAAUAGUCUGCUGGGCGGUGCUUUACACGUUGUUCCAGUCAUUUCCGGCUAGGUUUCUUCUCUCUUCCUUUUCUAAUAUCUCUGGAACAACGCAAAGCAGAAUUUGCUCUACAGCUCUCGUAAAAUCCUUGUCAUUUAGCAAGAAAUCUGUUCAUUAGUGACAUUAACUCUAUUUGGCUUAAGAUAACACAUCUAAACGGUUUCAUUAUCGUGUCUAAUUCGGGAAACGAUAGAAGGAGACUGUUUGUCGUCGUAAACGUGUUGCUAGCUAAGAUUAUUGCUCGACAUCUGACUGUCUGAAUACUGCUGCUGUCAAAGACUGAAACUCUGGGCUGCUGUCAUGGAUCAAAUAGGGAUCACUGCAGAAGGACCAAAGAGUCCAUGGGGCGCCACCACUACCAAGGCGGUGUCACCCUGUUCCCUCGCUGACGUCAUGAGCGAGCAGCUGGCAAAGCAACUGGAUGAGGAAAGCAAUGCUUUCCCUGAUUCCCCAGAUGUCAAUGCUGCUCUGGAUGCCGGUGAGGAGCCAGAAACGGACUGUGAUCUGAUGCUGGCUCAGAUGCUGCAGAUGCAGUUUGACAAGGAGUUUGACACCCAGCUGCGCACGGAAGAAAAAAAAUUAAACGGGGAUAGCAAACUGUCCAUCUCCUUUGAGAACUAUCGCAUGGUGCACCCUUACGAGGAUAGCGACAGCUCCGAGGAUGAAGUUGAUUGGCAAGACACUCGCCACGACCCCUACAAAGCCGAUAAGCCCACGACAACUCCAAGAAAAGGCUUUACUGGGAAAGGCAAGAACAUCACUACUAAGCACGAUGAGGUUGUGUGUGGCAGGAAGAAUACUGCACGCAUGGACAAUUUUGCCCCAGAGAUCAAUGUGGGAGAUGGGCUUGGCAUGGACCUGAAGCUCUCUAACCAGGUGUACAACUCCCUGAAGCAACACUGCCACUCUGAGCAGCGUCGCAGUGCCCGACUGCAUGACAAAAAGGAGCACUCCACUGCUGAACAAGCAGUGGACCCAAGGACCCGUCUGCUCAUGUACAAAAUGGUGAACGCAGGCGUUCUGGAGAACAUCAACGGCUGCAUCAGCACUGGAAAGGAGUCUGUGGUGUUCCACGCAGAUGGGGGAAGCAUGGAGGAGAAGGCUGUCCCAGAUGAGUGUGUACUCAAGGUCUUCAAGACCACACUCAAUGAGUUCAAGAACCGCGACAAGUACAUCAAGGACGACUACCGCUUCAAGGAACGCUUCAGCAAGCUGAAUCCCCGCAAGAUCAUCCGUCUCUGGGCUGAGAAAGAGAUGCACAACCUGGCUCGUAUGAAAAAGGCUGACAUCCCAUGCCCUGAGGUGGUGAUUCUGAAGAAGCACAUCCUGGUGAUGUCGUUCAUUGGCAAGGACCAUGUGCCGGCUCCCAAACUGAAAGAAGCCAUGUUGGGCUCUGAGGACAUGAACAGGGCCUACUACCAAGUGCUUCAUAUGAUGCAACAGUUGUAUCACGAGUGUAACCUCGUCCACGCCGACCUGAGCGAAUACAACAUGCUGUGGCAUCAGGGGAAGGUUUGGCUAAUUGAUGUAAGUCAGUCCAUUGAGCCCAAUCACCCUCAUGGCCUUGAGUUCCUGUUCAGGGACUGCAGGAACGUGUCUACGUUCUUCCAGAAGGGCGGGGUGUCGGAAGCCAUGAAUGUGUACGAGCUCUUCAACGUCGUGUCUGGGCUGCAGCUCAGCGGUGACAGCGAAGCAGACUUCCUUGCCCAGAUCGAGGCACUGGAGAAGAUGAAUGAAGACCACGUGCAGAGAAGGGGCAAGAAAACCUACUCCAGCACCAGUGACGGAGGGCCUCCCCUAUUACACCACGAGGAUGAUUAACGAUGAGAUGUUAGACACCAUGAUUAGCUCCAUGGAUCCUGUUCAGUUGAUUCUGUUUGAGAGAAUGGGCGAGUAAACCCCCACCCAAAGGUCUUUCAUCACAAUGAGGGACACAAGGUCGAAAGGUCACUGCAUCCCAAGAUGCUACACUGGGGGCAGUGGGCUGAAAAGUCCCAUACACCUCCAUGGAUUGUCAACAUCUCAUUCCAUUACUACGUUUGUAGAUGGAAUGGAUGGGGACGUCUAAGGGGGACAUGACGGAUGCAUCUACAUGCGUACACAAUUAUUGCUUUUUAAAAAAUUUGAUGGUAUUCAGCAUUCAUGACAUGAAGUUAUCUUCACAGGUGAACUGGGCUCGAAUGAAAAUAGCUUUGCGUUAUAUGAAUGGAACAAAUUGCAAUCCAACAUUUGGUGAAGAGCCCUAGUUGGUGUCAGUUAAUAUUUUAAUCAUGAAAGGUGCAGUCAUGAAUGAAGACACAAUUAAUUGUUUUUCAUUGGCACCAAUAUGCAUUGCGGUCUAUUGAUCGUACAAGGGAGCUGUGUUUUCUGUGAUCUCCAACUUCAAUAUAAUGGUGGAAAUAAAUUGCAUACAUUUUUGUUA